AUGGCUUCUAGCUCAAGUAAAGGGUUUUAUUUGCGAGGAGGUUUUCAAAGAUACUUAUCAACUUACCAAGGAAAGAAUCACUAUCCGAUUCCUCGUCAGCAAACUCCAUAUGCUUUUGCAAAAGUCGCCGAAUAUAUCGAAAAAGACUUAUCUAAAGCUGAAAGUCUUUAUCGCCAAGCAAUCGAAAUCGGAGAACGCCCAGAAAGUGCUUUAAAGGACUUAGCUGGAGUUUUACACCAGCAAGGCAAAACUGAAGAAGCUUGUGAGCUAUUAAUAAACAACAAGCACCUCUUUGUUGCUGAUUUAACGAGAUACGAAAAUUUGUUACGCAACUUGCAAAAACAAAUUUUCCCAUCACAAAACUCUUAUAAUAAAUCAGUGAAAAUCUCAGGCUUAGGGCCAAUGGCUGACGAGCUAACAAUUCGUUCAAUGUUUUCUAACCCUUCAAGAAUCCUUCAUAUAGAAAUAUAUUCAGAACCAAAUUCAGAUGGGAAAAGCAAAUAUGGGAUAAUUAGAUUUGCAAGUCACUCAGCGGCAAGAAAAACACUUGAAGGGUUUGGCAAGCAUUAUUAUAAGCUUGAAUGGGUAGCUCUUGAUGGAGAAAUCACAGGCGAAGUCAGCUUUGAGGGAACUCCUGAGCAGGAAUUUUCAUUAUUCAGUUCGGGAAAAGAGAAAAAGAUGCCUGGAGUAUUUGACUAUUAUACGUAUUUCGCAGAGACAAAAGUUGAACAAAAUUUUGAAGACAAGGUCGAUGAAAUUUUGGAGAACUCGCUGUUGAGCUAUGUGAGGUCGAAAUGCGAGCUCAAGGCAUCAGCUAAUCCUUUUGAGCCUGAUAAUUAG